AUGCCUUCGCCCUCGCGCGCACGCAGGCAAGAGCCCCUGGCUAACGCCGUGAUCUGCCACUACUCGUUUAACGAGGCUGCCGUCCAAGCCCUAGCGCCGGACGGCCUGUGCGACUACGCCUUCUGCGAGCAAUUCUACCUUCCCUUGCACAAGGGUUUCGUCGAAGGGCCGGGCGUGGACCAGGAGACCUUCAUGAUAGCAGCCAGCAAGCACAGCAAGACGGAAUACGGCAUAAGCUUUCCCUUCUUGGCCAUCAGUAUGGUCCGCUAUGACCUGUCUAGCGAGGCGGCCCCUACGAGCGUGUCUCGGUACUGGGCCAUGCGCUUCUACCACUACGGCUUCGUCACCAUGGAUCUCGGACGGAGUUCCAAGGAGCUGAAACACGUCCUCGUGAUCUUGAAAAUGGUCAAGAAACUGGUGGCCCCUCUGGCCAAGCGCGACGGCAGGCCGAGCUACACGGCCAUCGCGUGGAACGAGAAAGACACGAGCGCGGUGAAGGGAGCCGUGAAAGUGAUGAGAGAGGUGCUGAUGCCCGACUUCAUCAUCGUACAUGGGCAUCGUGUAUAUCUUGGGCAAAAUCCCUCGCCAGAACGAGUGUCCGCGCCCACCAAUAUAUUUGUCGAGAAGGACGCCAGCAAUAUUGUGCAGACGCUUGGCCAGGCGGUCAAGUCCUUGAGGGAGCUGUCGCGCAUGCGCAUUCCUGCUGCGCUAGCGCUCUCCGUGUCGAUGUCGGCCUAUGCGUACAACCUCAAAAACGUGGGUGAGCUUCCGGAUGGCGCUGCCGCGAUGUUCCAAGAGGCAAAUUACAGCAGCGUGCUACCGUUUGUGGCCUACGAACACGUUUGUGGCUACCCAGGAGAUUUUUUCUUCUAUAGAGAGCGAUACAACUCGACGUACCACGUGAGGUACCGAUACAACCAAGACGGGCGUCUCUUGUUCUGGGACACAGAAGGAAGCCUCCGGGAAAAGCUGUGUAGAAUCAAGCGGAACAGUACUGACGUCCAGUACACUGUGGCGGCGUACGACUUGGACUGGGAUGACCAUGACGAUACCUGUUCGUUCGCCAACUGGUUCGGCGCGUACAGCAGGGUGAAGAUGGUGCGCGUGCUCAGCGAGUUCUUCCACUACGGCUUCCACACUAAAGAAGACGAGAUAGACUGCUUGGUGAUCGGUGACGAGUUUUAGGGUUGGGGUCCCCUAUUUAGAUCUGCGAGCAACCUGUCAGCGAUGCAACGGCAGCGCGCGCUCUCACACCUGUGCUGUGCGCGGAAAACAUAACUGGGCUGUUCUUGCACGGAUUCUUUGCAAUUCAUUGACGCCCUCAUAGCAUCUAUCAUUCUGUUGCCACCUUUCUGAAAGUUUUUAAAUUUGUUUUUGUGCUAUUAAUGCAAUGGCUUCAUAGUCGACGCGUGGAAGUGAAAUCCGCACGAUCAUGUAGUUUUCCCCCGACAUAAAGAGUGUUCUGAUGAAGUUCCUUACGAUGGCGUGUGAU